AUGAUACUGCCACUACCCCACCAAGGCCAGCGAUGUCGGUUUUUCUAUUCUCCCGUUGUACGACUACAUACGAAAGACUUCUCCGUGACAGUCGGUGUUGCUCCAUUAUCUUCCUUCCUUCUUAUAGACCUCUUUGUUGAAGUCAUUCCUCUAGAGUAUUCAAUCCCUUGCUUCGGUUCUCACUUACAGACAUCUCUUACACAAAGCAUUUUUAAGUCCCCCAAUUACCCCUCAUUUGCAACCAUGGCUCCCUCUGCCAACUCCCCCUACUCAUCGAGUAUUCCCUCGACACCCCGUCCCAAAAUCCUCAUCCCAGAGAAAGUCUCCCCUGAUGGCCUCGCCCUCCUCUCUCCCCACUUCGAGAUCUACCAGCCAAAAUCCCUCUCUGCCACGAACCUCUUGUCCCAAAUUCCCACAUACGAUGCCCUCAUAAUCCGUUCGGAGACGAAAGUCACGGCAGAAGUCCUCGCAGCAGCUACACAUCUAAAAGUCGUGGCUCGAGCUGGCGUCGGUGUUGACAAUGUGGACGUUGAUGCUGCGACGAGUUAUGGUAUAAUUGUGGUGAACAGCCCGAGUGGGAAUAUCGUUGCCGCAGCGGAACAUACCAUUGCAUUACUCAUGGCUGUGGCAAGAAAUGUGCCCGGUGGAGAUAGGAGCUUGAGAAAUGGAGGGUGGGAGAGGAGUAAACUCGUUGGUACGGAAGUAGGAGGCAAGACAUUGGGAAUUAUUGGACUUGGAAAAGUCGGGCUGAAAGUCGCUCGAAUGGGAGUAGGUCUGGGAAUGAAAGUGGUCGCAAUGGACCCAUAUGCUUCUCCAGAGAUAGCGGCUUCAGCAUCCGUCAAGCUGGUCAGCACGUUGGGAGAACUACUUCCAAUUGUGGAUUUCUUGACAAUUCACACGCCGCUCAUAGCAUCGACACUUGAUCUUAUCAGUACAGAGGAGUUCAAGACGAUGAAGAAAACAGCCAAGAUCCUCAAUGUAGCUCGUGGAGGAGUCUACAAUGAACAAGCUCUCUUUGACGCUUUGGAAGCCGGAACUAUCGCCGGUGCUGGCCUCGAUGUCUUCACAUCCGAGCCUCCCGCGCCAGGGUCAGCAGCUGAAGCUCUCUGCAGACAUCCAAAGGUGGUAGCUACACCACAUUUGGGCGCAAGUACCGUUGAAGCUCAAGAAAAUGUCUCUAUGGACGUCUGCGCACAGGUUCUCUCCAUCCUCCAAGGCGGACUCCCAACUAGUGCGGUUAAUGCACCAUUGAUUCUCCCAGAAGAAUACAAAAAAUUGCAACCAUUCGUGCGUCUCGUGGAGAAGAUGGGCGGGCUAUACACUCAGCACUACUCUCGAAAAGGUUCAGGUAGCGGAAUUGUUGGAGGGAAGACUUUCGAACUCAUCUAUGAAGGAGAGCUAGCUAGUAUAAGUAACACACGACCUCUCUUCGCAGCGCUCGUCAAAGGGCUCACGUCUUCGAUUUCGGAUUCCGGCGGCCGAGAUGUGAAUAUCGUCAAUGCAUCACUCAUUGCAAAAGAAAAAGGUAUUCGGAUCAAUGAGACGCACAACCGUGAGUCCAACGACCUCGUCUACGCCUCUUUGGUGAGAUUGCGCACCAGUGGAGCCGAAGGCCAAGUCAUCGAGGGAUUCGUGAGCGGAAAGGGUAUUUAUAUCAGUAGGCUUGAUCGAUUCAAUACUUCUUUUGUACCGGAGGGAACCUUGAUCGUGCUACAUAAUUAUGAUGAGCCCGGGAAGAUUGGUGGCGUGGGUAACAUCCUGGGACGAGCUGGAAUCAAUAUACGUUUCAUGAGUGUGGCGGCUCUAGAUGGACCAGUUGGUGAAACGGGAGAGGAAGAAAAGGAGGGGAGUAACGAGGCGUUGAUGAUUCUUGGUAUUGAGGGACCGGCUGUUGGGAAGGAGGUCGAGAGUGAGUUGAGAGCUCAAGGUGGUAUUCUGGAUGUCAGCGUUGUGCGACUUUGA